AUGGCCUCACGCUCUUUCAUGCCUCUCCGGAGGUCCCUGGCUCAGCUGUCUGCGCGAAACACUCAUAUUACCGGCCGCCAUGCAGGCAAUUCUCUACGGAGGUAUGCCACCGAGCAGGGGCAAGGCUCUCGUCCGAAGCAACAGUUCACCGUUUGGCGACCUUAUUUGCGACUUGCCAUCGGUGUUCCCUUCAUCGGCGCACUCAUCUACUCCAUGGCAACCGGCGAAAUUACCGAACUCGAUUCGCCUUCGAUUGUCGAGCUAGACGAAGCCAUCAAGAAAUCAUCCCCCAUUAAUGAGUCCUCGCCCAUGCGCCUGCGAAUGGAAAAGCUCAUCAAGGAGAACCAGAAGAAGAUUAUUGAGGAGCUAGGCAGGAUAGAUGGCAAGGAGUUCAAGACGGAUACCUGGUCGCGUCCCAAUGGUGGCGGUGGCAUUUCCUGCGUGCUGCAAGAUGGCAAUGUCUUCGAGAAAGCCGGUGUUAAUGUCUCCGUGGUAUACGGCGAGCUUCCACGUCCAGCUAUUGAGAAGAUGCGCGCCGACCACAAGUCCUUCGUUGGUUCUGACGUAGACUCGCUGACUUUCUUUGCCGCCGGUCUCUCGCUGGUUCUCCACCCCCACAAUCCCAUGGCGCCGACGGUGCACUUGAACUACCGAUACUUCGAGACUUCCGACCCGAAGAAUCCCAUCAACGGCGAUAAGAACUGGUGGUUCGGCGGUGGCACCGACCUGACCCCUACCUAUCUUUUCCCCGAAGAUGCCCAGCAUUUCCACAGGACCAUCAAGGACACCUGUGAUCGACACGACGCAACUUAUUACCCCAAGUUCAAGGCUUGGUGUGACAAGUACUUCUACAUCCCUCAUCGCGGCGAGUGCCGAGGUGUCGGCGGCAUUUUCUUCGACGAUCUUGACGCCAGUUUCCUCCAAGCUUCCAGCAGUUCCUCCUCCAACCCGCAAGAAACGCUCUUCUCUUUCGUCUCGGACGGACUAACCUCGUUCCUGCCAUCCUACGUACCCAUCAUUGAGAGGAGAAUGGAUAUGUCCUAUACCCCGGAGCAGAAGCAGUGGCAACAACUCCGCCGGGGUCGCUACGUGGAAUUCAACCUCGUCUACGAUCGCGGUACUAGCUUUGGCUUGCGCACGCCGAACGCUCGUGUCGAGAGUAUCCUCAUGAGUCUUCCUCGAACCGCAAGCUGGGCCUACAUGGACCCCGUCUCCGGCACCAGGACCGAGAACAUGUUAACCGAUGAGGACGAGCUUGCAGAGGAUAAGACUAGCGAAAAGGAGCUAAUGGAUGUGUUGAAGCACCCUCGGCAAUGGGCUUAA